AUGACAAACCACCCCGAAAGGCACAAGUACGGGACGGAAGCUAACCGGCCUAUUCGACGCGACCUCGAACGAAUCAAUCAAGCGUCUCACUCACACGACCGCCCAUACUCAUGGGGCCUUACUAUUUUCCGUACCGUCUAUACAAGCGAGUCCAACGACUCGUUUCCCCAGGCUGUGGAAAGCCUACACGCACUGGCUAACGAAUACGCCCUUGGCGAGCUAUCGCUGAAAAGGGGCCGGCUCGAACCUCCCCUAGACCCCGCGCCUAACGAGGCCUUGGCCAAGAGGUUCUAUUGUGAUGUUAUCCAGGAUAAGUCUGUCCUCGAUGGCGUAGGGCCCGACACGGUGGGCGAGUUAUUUGACGCGUGGGUUAUGGAGCAUAACCACGAUAAGGGCCGGCGAUUGCCUGAAUGUGCAGACUUCGGCCGUUCAGUCGGGCGGUUCGAGUUCUGUAUUAUGCUCGACCAGCAGGGGAUCGACCACUUGCUACAGAUGAAAAUACCUCUACGACUCCAAAUGCGGCGUUGCGGCCAGCUCUACGUUAAGGUGGUCGCCGCCGUCAAGCGUCAAGACCUUGGCGAGCAUGGACAGGUGGAUGGCCACGAGACGGGCAGGCUGUGGCUCAGGGCCGGGCUCGGGAUUCCUAUCAUUCGCCUUUGCAUUGGGUUGAUAGACGUCGACGCCAGCCUCGACGAACUGGGGCUGCCCGAUCAGGUAGAUGGCAUCUUGAAUUACUUCAUGUUCUGA